CUCAGGCGAGCGCGGGUCCCCGGUGUUCCCUGGCGGAGCCUUCUCUGCACUGAGCGGUCGGAGGGAACUGAGCCGCAGCGCUAGGAUGGGAAACAGUGCCCUCCGCGCUCAUGUGGAAACAGCGCAGAAAACUGGUGUCUUUCAGCUUAAGGACCGUGGUCUGACCGAGUUCCCCUCAGAGUUGCAGAAGCUAACAAGCAACCUUAGGACCAUCGAUUUGUCCAACAACAAGAUCGACAGCCUACCGCCUCUACUAAUAGGAAAGUUCACUCUGCUGAAGAGCCUCUCCCUCAACAACAACAAACUGACUAUUCUACCAGAUGAAUUAUGCAAUCUGAAGAAACUGGAGACACUGAGUCUAAACAACAACCACCUGAGAGAGCUCCCAUCUACCUUUGGGAACCUCUCUGCCCUGAAGACUCUGAGCCUCUCUGGGAACCAGUUGGGAGCACUGCCACCCCAACUUUGUAGCCUUCGACAUCUGGAUGUCGUAGAUCUCUCUAAAAACCAAAUUCGCAGUAUUCCUGACAUGGUUGGGGAGCUGCAAGCCAUCGAACUCAAUCUCAACCAGAACCAGAUAUCUCAGAUCUCCGUGAAGAUAUCCUGCUGUCCACGACUCAAAGUCCUCCGCCUGGAAGAGAACUGCCUUGAGCUCAGUAUGCUUCCACAGAGCAUCCUUAGUGACUCCCAAAUCUGCCUGCUUGCUGUGGAAGGCAAUCUCUUUGAAAUAAAGAAACUUCGAGAACUGGAGGGUUAUGAUAAGUACAUGGACAGGUUCACUGCCACCAAGAAGAAGUUUGCGUGAUGUUCUCCAGGACCAUGGGAACCUUAAAGGACACUGACUUAAAACCUCUGUUGGAAUCUGGCUGGGUCAGAGGCUGCUGAUAUUGGAGACACUCCAGAUCACUUAAUAACUUUGUUUCCUUUUGAGAACAUCUCAGAUAAGCUAAAGAGGACUUAGGAGAAGGGGACAGGAAGAGCCUUUGAUUUUGAGCCGUGGAUAGGGCGGUGGCCAGUGUUGAUCUUCACACCAUCAUUAGCUGGGCUCUAAGAAGCCAGUAGGCGGCUGCUGUUGACGCAGUGAGGGAGCGUGGCCUGGUAACGCAAUGACUCCGUGCUACAGCUUGAGCUUUUGUUGAGUUGCGGAUUACCAGCUUUCAUAAAGCCAGUUACCACAGCAUCUUCGUGUUCACACUUCAUAUUUUUAUGGAAUUCUAACUCCUGGGAAACUUGGAAGGUUAAGGAUGUACUUUUUUGUUCCAGUCCAUCAGUUCAAUAGCAGUGUUUACACUUGGAACUUGGGAUGUACAUAUGUAUGUAGCUAUCCUAAAAGAGAGCUUUGUCGGAAGGAGCACCAACACAACAGCCACCGGAGAAUGUUUCCCCAAGGCUGCAGUAGCAAUUUUUUUUUUUUUAACUAUUGCAGGUGCCUUAUUGGUAGAGGGCUCUCAAGAGCUAAAACUAUAUGCAAAAAUUGUAAUUUUUUUUUUUUUAGACAGGUUUUUGCUAUGUAGCCCAGGCUGGCCUCAGACUCACAAUCUCCCUGCCUCAACCCCACUAAGUACUGGGAUUACAGGCAUGCACCACUCUCAGCCUACUUGUAAGAUUUUAAAUGAAUUUUAAUAAUCAAGAUUUUCCUGAAGCUUUGUUAAAAAUCAUGUGUUACUUCUGGUAAUUUCUCCCCUUUUUGUAUUUAUAACUGCACUAAUCAAAUUACCUUCAAGAAUCAUUGCUACAAUAUUUUAAAAUAACCUGUUUAUCAUGGUUAUUCUCUGAAUGAGAAAAUAUACUAAAUAAAAUAUUUUUAAUGAA